AUGAAUUCUGAAACUGAAAUAACUAAUGAAAUAAUAAAUCAGGAAUUACGUGAUAUUAUUCAAAUGAAUGAGGAAAGUUUGUUCGAUUCACUUAAGUCAAUUGAAGCUGUUUUUCGAUAUCAAUAUAGCAGUGAAAUAAUCGAUGGAACUUUUAUACUAAUCAAUGAAAUUAUCAUUUUUUUUAUUAAUUUACGCAUUAGCAUAUGGCCAAUGCUUAAAAAAUAUCCAAUGACAUUGUAUCAAACUCAAAUUGAAAAAUUGCAAAAAUGUUUUCAAUUUACGCCAAUUUCAAAUUCUUUCAAUUUCACUUCUUGCAUGGUAAGUCAAUUUUGGGCAAUUAUAAUUAUAGCAGCAAAAUGUUACGGUGAAAUAUUUGCAAAUAUGUGGAUUGGCUAUUAUUUGUUAUCAUUAUUUUUGAGAAAGGAAAUUCCAUCUUUAUUUUUCAUUUAUAUUGCGAUGCCAUUAUUUGCAUACUUAACGAAUCAAAAAAUUCCAGUGAGUAAAUUAAGCUUAGCAGAACGUCGUUGGCUUAUUUUGGUAUUUUCAUUUUGGAUUGGUGCAUCAACACAUGUCAUUUUAAUUAAUUGGGAUCGUGGCGUAUUUCCACCGCCACCAUUUUAUUCGCCAACGCUUGUAGCAUUACUUUUUGAGUUUAUUGGUCCAAUGGUAGCUUAUGAUCGAUCGUUACUUCUUUUAAAUACCAUUGGUAUUGCAACACUCGUAUGCUUCACGUAUGCAUAUGUUUAUGCUUGUUUCACGUUCACGUAUUUUUAUACCUCUCUGAUUGCAAUUGCUUCAUCAUUUUAUAGUAUGCAACAGCAUCUUGCUGAUCCAAAAUUAGGAUAUGUGUUACUACCAAUUCAGUCAAUGUACAAUCAGUUAGCAAUAACACUUAUAUUUGGCCAUUAUCACUGGAAUCGUAAUCCGAAUUCAAUUAAACCGGAUUCAUUGGAAGAACGAUAUACAUUACUAUUACGUCAAUUUCAUUAA